AUGAAGGGAGGAAUUGCUGCCGCCGCCGUUGCGGCCAUGGCCACCGGCGCCCACGCCGCUUACCCUCACCACCGCCGUGCCCACGACCUCUUCCGUCGUGGUGAGGUCUGCGUCCCCAGCUGCACCACCAUCUGGACCACCUACUACGGCGAGCCUACUCUCAUCCCCAACCCUCCCCCUCCUGCUCCCAAGACCAAGGAGGUUGUCACCACCAAGGCUCCCGAGGCUCCCAAGCCUACCUACGAGGCUCCCAAGCCCACCUACGAGGCUCCCAAGCCCACGUAUGAGGCCCCUAAGCCGACCACCGAGGCUCCUAAGCCUAAGCCUACCUCCACCUCGGUCGUUGAGGUCCCGGUCAUCCCUGUUCCUACUCCCCAGGAGUAUGACUGCCCGACUCCCGGCACUUACACCUUCCCCGCCACCACCCUGACCGUGACCGAGUCCACCACCGUCUGCGUCGGCGAGUCCACCAAGGUUCCCUCUGGAACUCACACCUUCGGCGGUGUCACCACUGUUGUCGAGCAGCCCACGACCAUCACCUGCCCCUACGCCAAGGAGACUGAGCACGAGGGCAAGGUUACCAGCGUCAUCGAGACCACCGUCUACGUUUGCCCCUCCGCUGGCACCUACACCAUUGCUCCCGUCACCAAGAGCUGCACCGAGGAGACCGUCUUGGUCUACCCCGUCCCCACCAGCUACGCUCCUGGCACUUACACUGCUCCCGAGCAGGUUGUGACCGUCACUGAGACCGGCUACGUCUACGUCUGCCCCUACUCUCAGGUUGGCGUCCCUGCUUCCUCCAAGGCCACUGAGGCUCCUAAGCCUUCCGCUCCCGUCUACGAGGCCCCUAAGCCCAAGCCCACCACGGCUGUUUACGAGGCCCCCAAGGAGAAGCCCUCUACUCCCGUCUACGAGGUUCCUACCGUGAAGGUUUCCACUCCUGCCGAGAAGCCUUCCACCCCUGCCUACACCCAGCCCGCUUAUGAGAAGCCCUCUGCUGCUCCCAAGCCCAAGGCCCAGCCCAAGAAGGUUUCCACCGGCGGCUCUCUCCGAGGUGGCAACGACCACUAUGGUAUCACCUACACCCCCUAUGAGUCCUCCAACGGUGACUGCAAGUCCGCCGACAAGGUUGACCAGGACAUUGCUGAGCUCAAGGAGGCUGGUUUCCAGAUCAUCCGAUCCUACUCCACUGACUGCGACACCCUCAAGUCUGUUGGCCCUGCCUGCAAGAAACACGGUAUUGACAUGAUCAUUGGUGUCUUUGUCAAGGCCUCUGGCUGCUCUUACGAGACCCCCGAGAUCAAGGAGCAGGUCGACGCCAUCGCCGAGUGGGCUCAGUGGGAUCAGGUCAAGCUCUUCGUUGUCGGUAACGAGGCCAUCAUGAACGGCUUCUGCUCUGCUUCCGAGCUCCGCGAACUCAUCACUGUUGUCAAGUCCAAGUGCUCCGGCUACACUGGUCCUUACACCAUCGCUGAGACCCUCAACAUCUGGGAGCAGCCCGAGACCAAGUCUGCCAUCUGCGACGUUGUUGAUGUCACUGGUGCUAACAUCCACCCCUACUUCAACGCCGAGGUCACCCCCUCCGACGCCGGUACCUUUGUCUCUGGCCAGCUCGAUCUCCUCAGCAAGAUCUGCGAGGGUAACGACGUGAUCAACCUGGAGUGCGGCUGGCCCUCUGAGGGUAACUGCAACGGCUCUGCUUGCCCCGGCAAGUCUGAGCAGGCCGAGGCCAUCAAGUCGAUCCGCGAGAGCUGCGGCGACAAGACCGUCUUCUUCUCCUACGAGGAUGACAAGUGGAAGGAGCCCGGCUCCUGCAACUGUGAGCAGAGCUGGGGCUGCAAGAGCGCUUUCUACUAAGCGACGCUCGAGAAGCUUCAGUUCGGGUUACAGCAUGCGGAACGUUCUCUGACCGCGUCAAUCCCCGGUAUGCUGAAUGUACAUGAACCACAUCCAACACCGCCCGGCCAUUCAGUUCCUCCUUUUCCCCAGCAAUCCUCUUUCUCUCGGCUGGUCCCAUCACAUAUAAUCCAUCACCUUUCACCUCAGCAAAAACCUUCAGGGGGAGUCCGAAAGCCGACGGUCCUCUUUCUCUCAGGUCAACUAUAGACACAACGCCGCAGGGGGUAGUGUGGUUCGCGCUCGCGCUCGUCCAACACAGAGGGAAACCGAAGCGGGUCGGGCGGUGGAGGACUCUUUUCUUGAAUACUUGUUCACUCGACACAUGAUCUUUUCUUGUCUAUUUUGUGUUGUUGCUGUUGUCUUCCCUAUGUGGUCUUUGCGAUAACACUUCUUACGGUACACGCAACUUAUGGCUUCUGAGCUUAAAGAGGAUAUAAACUAUAUCUGGGGAGGGACGAUCUGUAUGCAUGAUCUAUCUUAUCUAGCCGGGUUGUCAUUCAGCCUCUGCUUCAUAAUGCUGUAAUUUACUAGUGUCUAUUCUCAACAAAA